GCAAUGACAUUACUCUCAGUGGUGCUGUUUCUGACUGCUGUGUUGCUUCCAUCCUUCCCUGCAAAUGGACAGGAUCCAGGUUUUGCUGCUUUGUCAACCACCUUACAGCAAGUCCAAACAGAGAUUGUCAAUAAACACAACGACCUAAGGAGAAAUGUUUCUCCACAAGCCAGUGACAUGCUGAAGAUGAUGUGGGACAGUGAAGCACAGGUAAAUGCUCAAAACUGGGCAAACAAGUGCAAUUAUCACCACAGUCAGGAAGAGGACCGAAGAACCAACAUAAAGUGCGGUGAGAAUUUGUUUAUGUCCAGUGUCCCUACUUCAUGGUCAAAUGCAAUCCAAAGUUGGACUGCUGAAGCCCAUGAUUUUGUCUUUGGUGUGGGGGCAAAGAAUCCCGAUGCACCUAUUGGGCAUUUUACUCAGGCUGUUUGGGCCACCUCUUUCCGCGUUGGAUGUGGAAUCUCUUACUGUCCCAGUCAAGGCACAUUAGCAUACUUCUAUGUUUGUCAAUAUUGUCCUGUUGGCAAUCACGUAACUAGACAGUAUUCCCCUUACAAACCAGGACCACCUUGUUCCAGUUGUCCUGGUUACUGUGACAACAAACUAUGCACCAAUAGUUGCAAUUACGAAGAUGGCUAUGGCAACUGUCCAGAUUUGAAGAAGAUGGUCACCUGUGAACAUGAAGUGGUCAAAAGUAGUUGCCAGGCCUCCUGCAACUGUGAAGGCAAAAUUUAUUGA